AUGUCUGCAUUAAUUUCUAUGAUGUAUGAAUCUAAGAUUUGGAAUUAUACUGCUCUACCAGUUUUAUUAAUCCAAGCUUCAAUGUUACAUCCUCAUUAUGAAUCUAAUGAGAUGUAUAGAACUAUUAGAUUUAUGUUAGCUCCGAUCAUUAUUUAUUUAACGAUAAGUUCUCAACAUGAUAGAAUGUUUAAACCAUUAGAAGAUUUUGUUCAUAUGAAUUAUGCAUUAGUUGCUAUACCUAGUUUUCAUGUUAUAGCUAUUACCUUACAAUACGCAUAUCAACGGGGUCCGGUUUUAUUAAAUGACUUGGGAAAAAAGAAAAGAUCACAAGAUUAUAAUCAGAGUGAAAAUAGUUUGAUUUCGGAUGAAUCUGAAUCUGCAGAUACUACUUGUUCAGAAUCAACUGAAGUUAUUAAGACUCCAUUGAAAUUAAAUCAUAAUCAACUUCUUCAAAAAUCAAAAUACAUAAUUAAAUCUAAAAGAAGAUUAUUGGUUGAUUCACCUUCACCAAGUUGGGGAGAAAUCGUCAAAUUUUCUUCAAAUUUGAUUACAAGUCCUCGAGGUCUUCAAUACGUUUGGGCACCUCCAUCUUACGUCUGUUCAAGAGCUCCCAAAAAAUCCAUAGCAAAGUUCGUUUGGGAGCAAACAAGUUGGUUAAUCCUCAAUCAAAUCGGUCUGAUAAUCGAAGCAGCUUUCGCUGUACCUGCUACCCAACAUCCAAGUGGUCCACAUGGAUAUAUGACUGAAGUCUUAGGAAUCCCGGAUUCAAGUUUACUUCAAAUUUGUUCGGAUUAUAUUGGUUUAGCAUUUUAUGGUUCUAUUGGAUAUCAUGCUCUAACGAUUGCAGCAGCUUGUAUAAAUUUAAUAGAACUGCUUUGGUAUACAUUAGCUUCUCGUUUACUUCCUGAUGAGUUUGCUCCUGCUCCAUUUGAUACAACUCUUUAUCCUCAUCUCUUCAAUUACCCGAAUUUCAAAACGAGUAUCACGGAGUUUUGGAGUAGAGGAUGGCAUUGUGUUUUUAGAACAAACUUUGUGUUUCUUGGUAGUGAACCAUUUGGUAGGAUUGCUAAACCGUUUGGCCCUAGGGCUGUUAGACUUGCAAGUAUGAUGGGUGCCAUGCUCAUCAGUGGACUCAUGCACGAAUGGGGUACUAUCUUUGUUGCAAACAGAAUCGAUUGGAAUUUUGAAGCUACUAGAUUCUUCCUUAUGAUGGGAGUAGGAGUUGCAAUUGAAUCGAUUCUUAAAACAACCUUGGGUUUCAAAUUUUCAGGUGUAUUAGGAAACAUUUGGGUUUUUUCUUGGUUUGGAUUUUGGGGUAAUCCUUUCAUGAAAGUUUGGCUUGAUCGUGGAGUCGGGUCAUCUGGUAUUACUUGUCCUUGUGAGAUUACUGAUUGGCCUUUAGCUAGAUUUCUUGUACCACUUGGACCACUCUUACCAGAUAGUGUAUUUAAACAUGUUACAUUUUGA